GGCGACCGACCGAGCAAGUGGGAGCCUGAACCCGCGCCCCCGGCUUCUCUCCGUUCCUCUCCGCGCCAGAGCCGGGCGCGCAGGAGCCGGGCCCCUUCUCGUCUUGCUUCCUAUCUGUCCGCUCCUACUCCUCCUCUCCCCCUCUCGCUGCCUUUGCUGCUUCUGCCCUCACCCCCUGGAGGCUCAGGUCUGCGGGGCCCACCCACCCGCUCUGGGGCCAUGGGAGCACUGCUGGGACUCCUGGCGCUGCUGCUGUGGGGCGCUGGGGCCGAGGGCCCAGCCAAGAAGGUGCUGACGCUGGAGGGGGACCUGGUGCUGGGCGGGCUGUUCCCCGUGCACCAGAAGGGCGGCCCGGCCGAGGAGUGCGGGCCGGUCAACGAGCACCGCGGCAUCCAGCGCCUGGAGGCCAUGCUGUUCGCGCUGGACCGCAUCAACCGCGACCCGCGCCUGCUGCCGGGCGUGCGCCUGGGCGCGCACAUCCUGGACACCUGCUCCAAGGACACGUACGCCCUGGAGCAGGCCCUGGACUUCGUGCGCGCCUCGCUCAGCCGGGGCGCCGACGGCACACGCCACGUCUGCCCCGACGGCUCCUAUGCCACCAACGACGAUGCUCCCACUGCCGUCACCGGUGUCAUCGGCGGCUCCUACAGUGACGUCUCCAUCCAGGUGGCCAACCUCCUACGGCUGUUUCAGAUCCCGCAGAUCAGCUAUGCGUCCACCAGUGCCAAGCUGAGCGACAAGUCCCGCUACGACUACUUCGCCCGCACGGUGCCCCCCGACUUCUUCCAGGCCAAGGCCAUGGCCGAGAUCCUCCGCUUCUUCAACUGGACCUACGUGUCCACCGUGGCGUCCGAGGGCGACUACGGCGAGACGGGCAUCGAGGCCUUCGAGCUGGAGGCCCGCGCCCGCAACAUCUGCGUGGCCACCUCGGAGAAGGUGGGCCGCGCCAUGAGCCGCGCGGCCUUCGAGGGCGUGGUGCGCUCGCUGCUGCUGAAGCCCAGCGCCCGCGUGGCCGUGCUGUUCGCCCGCUCGGAGGACGCGCGCGAGCUGCUGGCCGCCGCCCAGCGCCUCAACGCCAGCUUCACCUGGGUGGCCAGCGACGGCUGGGGGGCCCUGGAGAGCGUGGUGGCCGGCAGCGAGGGGGCCGCCGAGGGCGCCAUCACCAUCGAGCUGGCCUCCUACCCCAUCGGCGACUUCGCCGCCUACUUCCGCGGCCUGGACCCCUGGAACAACAGCCGCAACCCCUGGUUCCGCGAGUUCUGGGAGCAGAGGUUCCGCUGCAGCUUCCGGCAGCGGGACUGCGCGGCCCACUCCCUGCGGGCCGUGCCCUUCGAGCAGGAGUCCAAGAUCAUGUUCGUGGUCAACGCCGUGUACGCCAUGGCCCACGCGCUGCACAACAUGCACCGCGCCCUCUGCCCCAACACCACCCGCCUCUGCGACGCCAUGCGGCCCGUCAGCGGGCGGCGCCUCUACAAGGACUUCGUGCUCAACGUCAAGUUCGAUGCCCCCUUCCGCCCCGCCGACACCCACAGCGAGGUCCGCUUCGACCGCUUCGGCGACGGCAUCGGCCGCUACAACAUCUUCACCUACCUGCGGGCGGGCAGCGGGCGCUACCGCUACCAGAAGGUGGGCUACUGGGCGGAAGGCCUGACGCUGGACGCCAGCCUCAUCCCCUGGGCCGCGCCCUCGGCCGGCGCCGUGCCCGCCUCCCGCUGCAGCGAGCCCUGCCUGCGGAACGAGGUGAAGAGCGUGCAGCCCGGCGAGGUGUGCUGCUGGCUCUGCAUCCCCUGCCAGCCCUACGAGUACCGGCGGGACGAGUUCACCUGCGCCGACUGCGGCCUGGGCUACUGGCCCAACGCCAGCCUCACCGGCUGCUUCGAGCUGCCCCAGGAGUACAUCCGCUGGGGCGACGCCUGGGCCGUGGGGCCCGUCACCAUCGCCUGCCUGGGCGCCCUGGCCACGCUCUUCGUGCUGGGCGUCUUCGUGCGGCACAACGCCACGCCCGUGGUCAAGGCCUCGGGCCGAGAGCUGUGCUACAUCCUGCUGGGCGGCGUGUUCCUGUGCUACUGCAUGACCUUCGUCUUCGUGGCCAAGCCCUCCACCGCCGUGUGCACCCUGCGGCGCCUGGGCCUGGGCACCGCCUUCGCCGUCUGCUACUCCGCCCUGCUCACCAAGACCAACCGCAUCGCGCGCAUCUUCGGCGGCGCCCGCGACGGCGCCCAGCGGCCGCGCUUCAUCAGCCCCGCCUCGCAGGUGGCCAUCUGCCUGGCGCUCAUCUCGGGGCAGCUGCUCAUCGUGACGGCCUGGCUGGUGGUGGAGGCGCCGGGCACGGGCAAGGAGACGGCGCCCGAGCGGCGGGAGGUGGUGACGCUGCGCUGCAACCACCGCGACGCCAGCAUGCUGGGCUCGCUGGCCUACAACGUGCUGCUCAUCGCGCUCUGCACGCUGUACGCCUUCAAGACCCGCAAGUGCCCCGAGAACUUCAACGAGGCCAAGUUCAUCGGCUUCACCAUGUACACCACCUGCAUCAUCUGGCUGGCCUUCCUGCCCAUCUUCUACGUCACCUCCAGCGACUACCGGGUGCAGACCACCACCAUGUGCGUGUCCGUCAGCCUCAGCGGCUCCGUGGUGCUCGGCUGCCUCUUCGCGCCCAAGCUGCACAUCAUCCUCUUCCAGCCGCAGAAGAACGUGGUCAGCCACCGCGCGCCCACCAGCCGCUUCGGCAGCACCGCGGCCAGGGCCAGCCCCAGCCUCGGCCAAGGGUCUGCCUCGCAGUUCGUCCCCACCGUCUGCAACGGUCGCGAGGUGGUGGACUCCACAACAUCGUCGCUUUGAGGACCCCGCACCCCGCCUCGCCCGGCACAGCUGCUCCCCGGACGGACGGACGGUGCGGACGUGACCAGUGACCGGAGCCGGGAGGAAGUUGGCGGGAGCACUGCAAUAAGCCAGCCCCAUGCCCGCCCCAGCCCUCGCCUGCCUACUCCAUGCACUCAGCCACUCCUGCAGCCGUCACCCACUGCCCUGGCCACGGGCCCCCCCUGCCAGGCCCAGGAGGUGAGGGAGCAGCCAGGGGCCACGUGACCGGGGGCCACGGCGGCUGAGGACUGCAGGCCCCUUCCCCGUCAGCAAAGGUGCUUCCGGCCCUGCUCCGACUCCUUCUGCCCUUCACGUCUUUUCUAUGAGUUCUUCCGGGGUGGGCGGGGUCGUGCUGGGCUGUCCCUCCCCCGCACAGUAGCUUGCCCCGUGGUUUAUUUUGUAUUACCUGUAAAUAAAGUGUCUUUAUUUUAAAA